CCUCUGUGUUGUUAAAGCCGCGCUGUGAUUGGUACUAACCUCUUUUUCCCUAUUGCUGCGCGUUAGUCAGUCAGUGUCAUUCCGGACAUCAAAAUGGCGGACAAGAUCGUUCCUCUGGCAGAGAAGAGACUCAUGGACGUUAAGCUUGGACAGCUGCCCACCUGGUUUUCCACGUGUAAUUUUACUCCAAAUGGGAUUCUUGCAGCCAUGGGGAGAGGUCGAGAUCGGUAUUUUAACAAGUACAUCAAUGUGAAGAAGGGAGGCAUUGGCGGAGUCGCCAUGGUGCUUGCUGGCUAUGUAGUUUUGAGCUACGUCUGGGGAUUUGAUCAUAUAAAACACGACCGCUGGCGAAAGUAUCACUGACCAGAGCAUUCACAAGUUAAAUCAGUCUUUACUGUCUCUACUCUGUACUAUUAAAAAUGGAAAGAAAGAAAAAA